CCCAACCGUGCUGCAAACGAUUUGCGGUUUGGUUCGCGGUUGGCAGCACCAGCAUGGCCGACGAGGACGAGCGGCUCUUGGCUGCGAUCGAAGCUGCGGCCGACUACGAAGAGGCCGCUGCGGCGUCGGCCGAGGCGCUUCGCCAGGCCUUCUUUAAGCUCUCGUUCGCCCGGCGAAGCCUUCCGCCUGAGACGCUCUCGUCGGUAGCGUUCCGUGAGCUCUUCACCGCCGACACGGCUGUCCUCGUGUCGGACACUGCUGACUACAGCAUCCAAAAGAACGUAUCGUGGACAGCAACCGAGGCGCCUGUCGCGGAGCCGACGCUGCGACACCGCCAUGCACACGCCACGCCGGCGGCCACGCCACCUGCGUCGACAGUGACGACCAUGCCGACGCCAAUCUUUUGGUUUGCGCCAUUGCCGUCGCACGAGCUCCGCUCUGCCCAGCAGCAAUUCCUCAAAGCGCUGACGCAGGUCGCGACGACGGCGUCUCGCGCCGCGACUGCCCAGGCCGCGCUGGCCGCGGCUUCGCACUAAUAUCCACCGACGCCACCGACGACUACAUAUAUACGGCCUUGU